AUGAAGAAGGUGCCAAGUGGUCCUGGUAGGAUAACACCGUACAUUGUCAAUGGAACCGGGCUAAAGAGUUACACCAGUGAACCAUGCAUUCGAGGUCACCGAUCGUCUAAAUGUCAGCACUUCGAUAGACUCAUGAUGAAGGUACCCAAAGCCGGGCGUCCUCUUGCAAAAUGUCCCCACCCGAAAGGAACUUGCAGCUGCCAGAAGACAUAUGCUGUCAUGGUCCGCAUCCCGAAAGGUACAUGUUUGCCACCACACAUGUGUUUGCAUUGA